CUUGCAAAACAUGUGGAAAAGGAUUCAAAUAUAGUAGCAUCUUAAAAGCCCACAUGAGAGUUCACACUGGGGAAAGGCCAUAUUCCUGCAUCACCUGUGGGAAAACAUUCACUAAGAAUUCACAUUUGAAGUCACAUAUAAGAGUUCAUACUGGGGAGAAGCCAUUUUCCUGUAUAACCUGCGGAAAAACAUUCUCUCAGACAUCAACUUUGAAGUCUCAUACACAAAUCCAUACUGGGGAGAUGCCAUAUUCCUGCAUCACUUGUGGGAAAACAUUCACUAAGAAAUCACAUUUGAAGUCACAUAUAAGAGUUCAUACUGGGGAGAAACCAUUUUCCUGUAUAACCUGCGGGAAAACAUUCUCUCAGGCAUCAUCGUUGAAGUCUCAUACACGAAUCCAUACUGGGGAGAAGCCAUAUUCCUGCAGCACCUGUGGGAAAACAUUCUGUGACAAAUCAAAUUUGAAGUCUCAUACAAGAAUUCAUAGUGGGGAGAAGCCAUAUUCCUGUAAAAUAUGUGAAAGAAGUUUUAGACGUUCUAGUGACUUAAUUGUCCACAUGAGAAGAACCCACAAAGGUGAAAUGUCAUAGAUGCAACUCCUGCAGAAAAUAGUCUGAGCAAUUUUUCAGAAUAAAAACGAGUUGAUGCUUUUUAUAAGAAGAGAACACAAAUGCUCCAUUUGAGAGAAAAGUCUUUUCAGUAAUCUCUUCUUCCGGCAGACAGACAGAGAGAGGCGACCUUGGUGCAUGGAGUAGAGAUGCUGCGCUGGGAACCGCAAGGAUGUUAGUUCGAACCCUCCCAACUCCAUUUCCUGUCAAAGUGUCCCUGAGGAGGACACCCAACUGCUCAUUGAGGACCCUUACUGCAGCACACUACUCCCACUGUGUGAGAUGGGUUAAAUAUGCAAUAAAAAUUGCUUUAGAUAAAACCUUCAGGUAAAUGACAUGUAAUAUAAUUUAAUGUCAUUAAAGUUAAAGAUUGA